ACACCAGAAUGGGUCAAGUUCUGCAGACAGCUGUUCGGAGGCUUCUCCAUGCUGCUGUGGAUCGGAGCUCUGCUGUGUUUCCUGGCCUACGGCAUCCAGGCCGCCUCUGAAGACGAACCCGCCAACGAUAACUUGUACCUGGGCGUGGUGCUCUCAGCCGUGGUCAUCAUCACCGGCUGCUUCUCCUACUACCAGGAGGCCAAGAGCUCCAAGAUCAUGGACUCCUUCAAGAACCUGGUGCCUCAGCAAGCCCUGGUGGUCCGUGACGGAGAGAAGAACUGCAUUAACGCUGUGGAGGUGGUGGUGGGAGACCUGGUGGAGGUCAAGGGUGGAGACAGGAUCCCUGCUGACCUGCGUAUCGUCUCUGCUCACGGCUGCAAGGUGGACAACUCUUCCUUGACCGGAGAGUCUGAGCCCCAGUCGCGCACCCCAGACUUCUCCAACGACAAUCCUCUAGAGACCAAGAACAUUGCCUUCUUCUCCACCAACUGUGUCGAAGGCACCGCCCGUGGCAUCGUGAUCAACACCGGCGACCGGACCGUGAUGGGCCGUAUCGCCUGUCUCGCCUCCUCCCUCGACGGCGGGAAGACGCCCAUCGCCAAGGAGAUCGAGCACUUCAUCCACAUCAUCACGGGUGUGGCCGUGUUCCUGGGCGUGAGCUUCUUCAUCCUCUCCCUCUGCCUGGGGUACGGCUGGCUGGAGGCCGUCAUCUUCCUCAUCGGCAUCAUCGUCGCUAACGUCCCCGAGGGACUUCUGGCUACCGUUACGGUAUGCCUCACCCUGACCGCCAAGCGCAUGGCCAAGAAGAACUGCCUGGUGAAGAACCUUGAGGCUGUGGAGACCCUGGGCUCCACCUCCACCAUCUGCUCCGACAAGACCGGCACCCUGACCCAGAACCGGAUGACCGUGGCCCACAUGUGGUUCGACAACCAGAUCCACGAGGCGGACACCACCGAGAACCAGAGCGGCACCUCCUUCGACCGCAGCUCCGCGUCUUGGGCUGCCCUGGCCCGCAUCGCCGGACUGUGUAACCGCGCGGUCUUCCUGGCGGAGCAGUCCAACGUCCCCAUCCUGAAGAGAGACGUGGCCGGAGAUGCCUCCGAGUCCGCCUUGCUGAAGUGUAUCGAGCUGUGCUGUGGCUCCGUGAAGGGCAUGAGGGAGAAGUACACCAAGCUCUGCGAGAUCCCCUUCAACUCCACCAACAAGUACCAGCUCUCCAUCCAUAAGAACACCACCCCCGGCGAGACCAAGUCCAUCCUGGUGAUGAAGGGCGCCCCGGAGAGGAUCCUGGACCGCUGCUCCACCAUCCUGAUCCAGGGCAAGGAGCAGCCCCUCGACGAGGAGAUGAAGGAGUCCUUCCAGAACGCCUACGAAGAGCUGGGAGGCCUCGGAGAGAGAGUGCUGGGCUUCUGCCAUUACAACCUUCCCGACGAUCAGUUCCCAGAGGGGUUCUCCUUCGACACGGAGGAGGUGAACUUCCCCACGGAGAAGCUGUGCUUCGUAGGCCUCAUGUCCAUGAUCGACCCCCCCAGAGCCGCCGUCCCCGACGCUGUGGGCAAGUGCAGGAGCGCUGGCAUCAAGGUAAUCAUGGUUACCGGUGAUCACCCAAUCACAGCCAAGGCCAUCGCUAAGGGCGUCGGCAUCAUCUCCGAGGGCAACGAGACCGUUGAGGACAUCGCCGCUCGCCUGAAUGUCCCGGUCGCCGAAGUCAACCCCAGAGACGCCAAGGCCUGUGUGAUCCACGGCGGAGAGCUAAAGGAUAUGUCCAGCGAACAGCUGGAUGAAAUCCUGAUGCACCACACCGAGAUCGUGUUCGCCCGGACCUCGCCCCAGCAGAAGCUGAUUAUUGUGGAGGGCUGCCAGAGACAGGGAGCCAUCGUCGCGGUAACUGGUGACGGAGUCAACGACUCCCCGGCCCUGAAGAAGGCCGACAUCGGCGUUGCCAUGGGGAUCGCCGGCUCUGACGUCUCCAAACAGGCGGCCGACAUGAUCCUCCUGGACGACAACUUCGCCUCCAUCGUCACCGGGGUGGAAGAGGGUCGUCUGAUCUUCGACAAUCUCAAGAAGUCCAUCGCCUACACCCUGACCAGCAACAUCCCCGAGAUCUCGCCCUUCCUCCUCUUCAUCAUCGCCAACAUCCCCCUGCCCCUGGGCACGGUCACCAUCCUCUGCAUUGACCUGGGAACAGACAUGGUUCCAGCCAUCUCCCUGGCCUACGAGGCGGCAGAGAGUGACAUCAUGAAGAGACAGCCCCGAAACCCCAAGACAGACAAACUGGUCAACGAGAGGCUCAUCAGCAUCGCCUACGGACAGAUAGGUAUGAUGCAGGCUGUCGCUGGCUUCUUCACCUACUUUGUGAUCCUGGCUGAGAACGGCUUCCUGCCCAUGGACCUGCUGGGAAUCAGGGUCUACUGGGACGACAAGAUGGUCAACGACCUGGAAGACAGCUACGGCCAGCAAUGGACGUACGAACGCAGAAAGAUCGUAGAGUUUACUUGCCACACGGCGUUCUUUGCCAGUAUCGUGGUGGUCCAGUGGGCUGAUCUCAUCAUCUGCAAGACCAGAAGAAACAGCAUCUUACAGCAGGGGAUGAAGAACCGCAUCCUGAUCUUCGGACUGUUCGAGGAGACUGCCCUGGCUGUCUUCCUGUCCUACUGCCCCGGGAUGGACGUAGCACUGAGAAUGUACCCCCUCAAACCCUCAUGGUGGUUCUGCGCCUUCCCCUACUCCCUCCUCAUCUUCGUUUAUGAUGAAGGCAGAAGAUACAUCCUCAGACGAAACCCAGGAGGCUGGGUGGAACAGGAGACUUACUACUAAGUCCCCACAACAUGUUGCCGUACCGAGGAGAGGAACAAGUACUGCAUUAUUUUUGCUACUGCUGUGUUACAAAUCUGUUCCAAACUGUUCCAUCACCAGCAGCACACACACACACACACA